ACGCCGGCCAGCGCACUUUCAGCCACUUUGAUAUAUAAACUCGGCGCGGCGCGUCUCCACGACAUCAUCGCUCCGUCGGCCGUCAAAGUCGCACCGCGCCGCACCCACACCCCAACAUGAUCGGCAAGCUGGUGGCCCUGAGCGCGCUGGUGGCCGUGGCCUCGGCCAGCCUGGCGGCGGACCGCUACCCCGCCGGCCUGAACCCCGCGCUGUGCCCCAACUACCCGCACUGCGACAACCUGCUGCUGGCGCUGCACGGCAACGGCCUGGGCGUGCCCGUGGCGCCGCAGCCCACCGUGUGGGGCGGCAGGGAGUACCCCGCGGGGGUGUCGCCGGCCGCCUGCCCCAACUACCCCUACUGCAACACGGGGGCCGUGGCCGUGGCCCCGCUGCCCGGCUGGGCGCAGCGCGAGUACCCCGCCGGCGUGUCGCCCGCCGCCUGCCCCAACUACCCCUACUGCCACUGAACGCCGCCCCCGCCCGCGCCACGGUCUUGGCCUUGACCAGCUCGAGGCGUCGUGCAGGCCUGCCGCCUGCAGGCGCCAGGCGGUCGCUCAGGAGGUCGGGUCGGAUUGGCACUUCUCGACGGGCCACUGCUUCGUCCGGGUGCUCUGCCGCGCGGUGCCGCCGUCAAGGCCGUCAAGGCCGUCAAGGCCGCCGCCGCCGCCCGCCCCGUCGAUCGAACCCGCGGACUUCACGGAUGAGAGCUGCGACAUCGGGCCCGAACCAGACGACUCGCCUGCAGCCAAGUCGCCACUUUAUUUUAUUGUAAAGUAAAAAUAAAGAACCGAGUGCUCAGGUGUCUA